AAUAGUCAUCCAUGGUUCAAAUUUGUUUUGAAAUUUUGAAUUCUUAAAUUUUUGAGUUUUAGCUUUAUUAGAAGUUUCAAGGAUAUUUAAGUAAAUAAUAGAUUUGAAUUACAAUGGAAUCCAAUUAUCCCAACCAAACAGAUUUUGUUUUACCGUGUAAUCCUUUUCUUGGAUUACCCAAUUCCUGAGGUUUGAAAAACUUGAACCGAACAAAUAGUCAGAGAGAGAUUUUUUUUUUCCUUUUUGUGAAAAUGAGAGAGAGAAAGUUUUAGUUCUGCAGAAAUCUGAUACUCCGUCUUUGAUUUCUCUGUGAAAAUGGGGGUUCCGGUUGAAACAAGCUCUUCAGAUCCUGAUUCAAAUCUAACAGGAGUAGAAACAACACCACCAUCAUCUAAAAAACCUAGGUUAUUCAUUAAAGAAAUGGUUAUGAAAAAUUUCAAAUCUUAUGCUAAUGAACAAAGGGUUGGCCCUUUUCACAAGAGCUUUUCGGCUGUGGUUGGUCCUAAUGGUAGUGGGAAGAGCAACGUUAUUGAUGCUAUGCUCUUUGUGUUUGGAAAACGAGCCAAGCAGAUGCGUUUGAACAAAGUUUCUGAGCUUAUUCAUAAUUCUAGUGAUUAUCAGAAUUUAGAUAGUGCUGCUGUUUCUGUUCACUUUCAGGAGAUUGUCGAUUUGAAUGAUGGAGAGUAUGAAGCAGUUCCGGGAAGUGAUUUUACUAUUACAAGAGUUGCAUUUCGAGACAACUCAUCCAAGUACUACAUAAGUGACCGGGCUAGUAAUUUUACGGAGGUCACUAAGAAAUUGAAAGGGAAAGGAAUUGACCUUGAUAAUAACCGGUUUUUGAUCCUUCAGGGAGAAGUUGAACAAAUAUCAUUGAUGAAACCUAAGGCUCAAGGUCCUCAUGACGAAGGAUUCCUUGAAUAUCUAGAAGAUAUUAUUGGAACUGACAAAUAUGUUGAGAAGAUUGAAGAAUCCAACAAGCAGUUGGAAACUCUUAACGAGAAAAGAUCUGGGGUGGUGCAAAUGGUUAAAUUGGCAGAGAAAGAAAGAGAUAGCUUGGAGGAUGUAAAGAAUGAAGCAGAAGCCUACAUGCUGAAGGAUCUGUCACUGGUAAAGUGGCGAGAGAAAGCCACCAAAUUGGCAUCUGAAGAUGCUGGUUCUCACGUUGUUGAGCUGCAAUCGACUGUUUCCGGCUUGGAAGAAAAUAUCAAGGAGAAAAGGGAGAAAAUCAAGGAGAACUCUAAAACACUGAAGGAUCUUGAAACGGUGCACAAUAAGCAUAUGAAAAAACAAGAGGAACUUGAUAAAGAUCUCAAAAGCUGCAAAGAUCAAUUCAAAGAUUUUGAAAGACAAGAUCUCAAACACCGAGAAGAUUUAAAGUUCAUGAAGCAAAAAAUCAAAAAGUUGGAAGACAAGCUUGAAAAAGAUUCAUCCAAGAUUGAAGAAAUAUCAAAGGAGUGUGAGGAGUCAACAGCUGUUGUUCCUAAACUUGAGGAAGAAAUACCCAAGCUACAAAAGCUUUUGUCGGAUGAAGAGUCUGUCUUAGAGGAAAUUAAAGAGAGUUCAAAAGCUGAAACCGAGAAGUAUCGCUCGGAGCUAGUUGACGCUCGUGCUGAACUCGAGCCGUGGGAAAAACAACUAAUUGAGCAUAAAGGAAAACUUGAUGUUGCAUGUAGUGAAACUAAGCUAUUAAAAAAGAAGCAUGAGGCUGGCCAUAUUGCUUUUGUAGAGGCUCAACAAAAGAUGAGUGACAUAGAGAAUGAAGUUAAAGCGAAAACUGCAGGUAUGGAGAAGAUUCAAGCUGAUUUGACGAAACUAAAAAGUGAAGCAGUGGAAGCUCGCAAAACAGAACAAGAAUGUGUAACAGAGCAGGAAUCAGUCAUUCUUCUUGAACAAGCAGCAAGGCAAAAGGUCACAGAGCUUGAGUCUGUUUUAACAUCGGAAAGGAGUCAGGGAUCUGUCUUAAAAACAAUAAUGCAAGCUAAAGUGUCUAAUCAAAUACAAGGGAUUUAUGGUCGUAUGGGAGACCUUGGUGCUAUUGAUGCAAAAUAUGAUAUUGCUAUAUCAACAGCUUGUCCUGGGCUUGACUAUAUUGUGGUCGAAACAUAUGAAACAGCACAAGCAUGUAUUGAACUACUUAGGAAUAUGAAUGUUGGCACUGCAACUUUCAUGAUAUUGGAGAAACAACGGAAUUUGUUAAACUAUUUGAACCAAAGGGUUGAUCCCCCAGAAGGUGUUCCACGUCUUUUUGAUUUGGUGAAAGUUAAUGAUGAAAGGAUGAGAUUAGCCUUCUAUGCAGCUUUGAGAAACACUGUUGUGGCAAAAGACCUUCAUCAGGGAAAACGAAUUGCAUAUGCGAAUGCAAACAGGGACUUUAGACGUGUAGUGACAGUGGAUGGCACACUUUUCGAAAUAUCGGGUACAAUGAGUGGUGGAGGAAACAAGCCAUGUGGUGGCAAAAUGGGAACAUCCGUUCGAGCCAGUAGCGUGUCUCCAGAAGCUGUUUCAAAUGCUAAAAAAGAGCAUGCUACUCUUGUUGAUCAGCUAGAUGGUUUACGCCGGCAGAUUGCUGAUGCAGUGGCACAUUACCAGGCUUCAGAGAGAACAAUAUCCCGUCUAGAAAUGGAAUUAGCCAAAAGCCAGAAGCAGGUGAGCAGUUUGAGAGAACAACAUGCAUAUAUAGAGAAGCAACUUGAUUCAUUAAAGGCGGCGUCACAGCCAAAACAGGAAGAGCUAGAUAGAUUAGAGGAGCUAAAGUCUGUUAUAUCUGCUGAAGAAAAGGAGCUUGGGAGACUCACUAAAGGAUCAAAAAAACUCAAGGAGAAGGCCUUGGAUCUCCAAAGUAAAAUAGAAAAUGCAGGUGGUGAAAGGCUGAAAAAGCAAAAGACGAAGGUCAAUCAGAUUCAAUCUGAUAUUGAUAAACACAGCACUGAAAUCAACCGCCGUAAAGUUCAGAUGGUGACUGGUGAGAAAACCAUUAAGAAGUUAGCCAAAGGGAUUGAGGAGUCAAAAAAAGAGAGAGAACGUCUUGGCAAUGAAAAGCAGAAUAUGAUGGGUGUUUUCACAGAAAUUGAACAGCAAGCUUUUAAGGUCCAAGAAGACUAUAAAAAGACACAGGAGUUAGUUGACCAACACAAGGAAGUGCUGGAUGCAGCAAAGGAAGAAUAUCAUAAAGUUAAGAAACUCAUGGAUGAGAUGCGAACUUCCGAGGUGGAUGCAGACUUUAAAUUACAGGAUACCAAGAAGCUUCUUAAAGAGUGGGAUAUGAAGGAGAAAGCAUACAAGAAAAAGCUUGAUGAUGUACAAGCUGAUCUAGUAAAGCAUCUGGAGCAAAUUCAGAAGGAUGCAGUAGAUCCUGAGAAACUCCAAGCCACUUUGGCUAAUGAGACACUAACAGAGUCGUGCACUCUUAAAAGAUCCCUUGAAACAGUGGCAUUGCUUGAAGCACAACUGAAAGAAAUGAAUCCUAACCUUGAUUCCAUAUCAGAGUAUAGGAAAAAAGCCUCUUUGUACACCGAGCGGGUGGAGGAGCUGAAUACAGUAACUCAGGAGCGCGAUGAUCUAAAAAAGCAAUGUGAUGAGUUGAAAAAGAAAAGGUUUGACGAGUUUAUGGCAGGAUUUAACUCUAUAUCCUUGAAGUUGAAAGAAAUGUACCAGAUGAUCACACUUGGAGGAGAUGCAGAAUUGGAGCUAGUUGAUUCAUUGGAUCCUUUUUCUGAAGGCGUUGUUUUUAGUGUUAGACCCCCAAAGAAGAGUUGGAAAAAUAUUGCCAACUUAUCAGGUGGUGAAAAGACGCUAAGCUCGUUAGCAUUGGUUUUUGCGCUUCAUCAUUACAAACCUACCCCACUAUAUGUAAUGGAUGAAAUCGAUGCUGCUUUGGACUUCAAGAACGUAUCCAUCGUAGGGCAUUACGUUAAAGACAGGACAAAAGAUGCACAGUUUAUAAUCAUAAGCCUACGAAAUAACAUGUUUGAGUUAGCGGAUCGCCUUGUCGGGAUAUAUAAAACUGACAAUUGUACCAAGAGCAUUACUAUUAACCCUGGGAGUUUCGCGAUUUGUGAGAAAGCCGGUUGAUGCAUCAGUCGACAGUGAGGUUCCCCCUGGUAUGUUAUAGAGUAGGAUCUACUUCCCUGGUAGUCCCUUAAAAUACAGAGAAGGGGCCCCAUAAAUUAGAAGGUUGUAAUUUUUGUGAUUAAUGAAGAUUUGUGCUCAACUCUGCAAUACUAUUUCGUGAGUUUGGAAUCAUUUUGCAAAAGAAUAGUUGUAGACAACUCGUGUGCUUUUGGUUUCUUUGUGAUGUCUGUAAAUUGUCAGAUUUGACGUGUGCUGAGCACGCAUAGUAUUCAUUCUAAUUGCUUGGGGUCGAGUUAAUUUAGAGCGAUA